AUGAACGGCGACGAGCUCCCUUUCGAGGUUUACUCUAAAGGAACGCACAAGUCCGAGUUUGACCCGAUUUUACUUGAUUCUGGUUCUGAUCCUAUUUGGGUUGCUAUAAGAGAAGAAGCUAAGCUUGAGGCAGAUAAGGAACCUAUUUUGAGCAGCUUCUUGUAUGCUGGCAUCUUGGCACAUGACUGUUUAGAGCAAGCUUUAGGGUUUGUUCUAGCCAACCGUCUCCAAAACCCAACCUUGUUGGCAACUCAACUCUUGGAUAUAUUUAAUGGUGUUAUGAUGCAUGACAAAGGUAUUCAGAGUUCGAUUCGCCAUGAUAUUCAGGCAUUUAAAGAUCGGGAUCCUGCUUGUCUUUCGUAUAGUUCUGCUAUUUUACAUUUGAAGGGAUAUCAUGCGUUGCAAGCAUACAGAGUUGCGCAUAAACUGUGGAAUGAAGGGCGGAAACUAUUAGCACUUGCAUUGCAAAGUCGGAUAAGCGAGGUUUUUGGAAUCGACAUACAUCCAGCGGCAAGAAUUGGCGAGGGUAUAUUGUUGGAUCAUGGAACUGGAGUGGUCAUAGGUGAGACGGCUGUGAUAGGCAACCGCGUCUCGAUCUUGCAUGGUGUGACUUUAGGAGGAACCGGGAAGGAAACGGGUGAUCGCCACCCAAAAAUCGGUGAAGGUGCAGUGCUUGGAGCCUGUGUGACUAUACUUGGCAAUAUAAGCAUAGGUGCUGGGGCAAUGGUUGCUGCUGGUUCACUUGUGCUAAAGGACGUUCCUUCGCAUAGUGUGGUAGCUGGAAAUCCGGCGAAACUGAUCAGGGUCAUUGAUGAGCAAGACCCGUCACUGGCAAUGAAAUACGAUGCUACUAAAGAGUUCUUUCGACAUGUAGCUGAUGGUUACAGAGGGACAAUAUCUAACGGACCAUCAGUUUCGUCAGGAGAUACUACGAAAGGACACACUAACUGCACAAAAUGA